CAAAGUACAAUAGCGCUUCCAUUCAAAAGUUUGUCCCGUCAUCUCAGACAAGUAAACUUAAGCAUUAAUCGGAGGAUUAAAACAACGCACUAGCCAAGCGACCAUAGUAACAAAGUCAUUAACUUCUGACCAGUUGAAAAACAGCAGCUGACGAUCAAGCAGUUAACAACAAACCAGCGAGAGAAUAUUAAACCCAGCACCUUACCGGUGAUGUGCGUCGCUCUUCCAGCAUGCAAUUGGAUUUUGUCUCUGUGCGUGCUCGCUCCCGUUUAUCAACACAUUUCACGGAAUAUUACCAGCCAACGGCAAGCCAAAACACCAAACCAGUUAAAGAGUUCUUGGCCCUCGCCAGGGAAGACUUUCUCAGGAAAUGGGAGAAUCCUGCUCAGAACACGGCGUCUCUGGAUCAGUUUGAUUUGCUGAAGACUCUGGGAACAGGCUCGUUUGGUCGCGUGAUGCUCGUCAGGCACCGGGAGAACGGCCAGCACUACGCCAUGAAGAUCCUCAACAAGCAGAAGGUGGUGAAGUUGAAGCAGAUUGAACACACUCUGAAUGAGAAACGCAUCCUGCAGGCUGUCAGUUUUCCUUUCCUAGUACAGCUCGAGUACUCGUUUAAGGAUAACACUAACCUGUACAUGGUGAUGGAGUAUGUUCAGGGAGGAGAGAUGUUUUCACACUUGCGCAGGAUUGGCAGGUUCAGUGAACCUCACGCUCGGUUUUAUGCAUCUCAGAUAGUCCUGACGUUCGAGUAUCUUCACGCUCUGGAUCUAAUCUACAGAGAUCUGAAACCAGAAAACCUCCUCAUCGACCAGCAGGGCUACAUCCAGGUGACGGACUUUGGCUUUGCAAAGCGUGUUAAAGGUCGCACAUGGACGCUGUGCGGGACGCCCGAGUAUCUGGCUCCGGAGAUCAUCCUGAGUAAAGGUUAUAAUAAAGCGGUGGACUGGUGGGCUCUCGGCGUGCUGGUGUACGAGAUGGCAGCAGGGUAUCCUCCGUUUUUCGCCGAUCAGCCAAUUCACAUCUACGAGAAGAUCGUCUCAGGAAAGGUGCGCUUUCCCUCACACUUCAGCUCGGAUUUAAAGGAGCUCCUGCGCAACCUGCUGCAAGUCGACCUCACCAAGCGCUACGGCAACCUGAAAAACGGCGUCAAUGACAUCAAGGGUCACAAGUGGUUCUCCACCACUGACUGGAUCGCCAUCUACCAGAGGAGGGUGGAGGCUCCAUUUAUCCCUAAGUGCAGGGGUCCAGGGGACACCAGCAAUUUCGACGACUAUGAAGAAGAGGAGAUCCGAGUGUCCCUCACUGAGAAGUGUGCUAAAGAGUUCGCCGAGUUCUAGCGCGGCCGAGCGCGACGAGCAGCAGGCGAGAACGAGCAUGAUGGAUGUUUCUCUUUCUGUGUGUAGAAUCAGUGCGAGCAGCUAAAAGGAGUUCAGCGACGAGUCGGAAGGACAGACACCGUUGCCUUCGCCAUCCCGCCGUUUCCUCGUCCACGUUCAUCAUUACAUUUAUCGUUCAUCUUUUAUUUCUGUCUACAUGCGGUUCGUCAUGGCAACAGGGACGCACUCGAUGAGUCCUCACCUCAGGAGCGCUCGACUCCUCCCGACAUCUCCACCGCAGACUGUUGCGUAAUCAGUGACAUGUUCUGAAGCUUUGCGUUUCCUUUAGGCCUGUGUGUGACUGUGCUGAUUUAAAGCAUUGGAAGGAUGACGAUGAGAAAAAGCCAUGAUUCUAUAAUGUUUAUAGCGUCGAGUAUAGAGCUUAUUACGAUAUUAUUAUUAUUAUUAUUAUUUGUCCUUGGAUCUGCCUUCGUCUCAGCGUGCCACAUCGAUCAGUCUCUGAAGUGUCAUGUAUGAAAAAUGUGCCAUGAGAUCAGAGCCCUUUGAUUUGUUUCGUUGAUUAAUGGCUCCGCCGAAGUCCAGGAGCGUGUGCACUCUGCGCCCUUUAACACGUGGGGAGGUGACGGAGAAAAGAACCUGAUAUUACACUUUCAUUUACACCUUUUUCCUGGAGAGAUUCACAUCUUCGUUCAUGAACAGCUGUUUCAGUGCUGCUGGAUUUCAUCAGGAUGUUUUGAGUUGCUGAAUUCCUCAGCUCUACAAACGUAUCGCCGCAUGUACCUUCGGUACGCCAUAUUGAUCAGAAAAUGAACGAAAGCUUUUUAUUCGGAUGUUACAUGAGGUGUGAUGUCACAAUCCCACCAACAUAGUCCAUUUCUGCUACAUUCACAUCACAAAUAGACAUCUGUGCUGUUUUAGGCUGCUUUCACACUUUUUUAAAAUAAAAAAAUCGCCAGCUGACGGGUCAGUCCCGUUUACAGUUGGAACUACGAUGGCAUCCGAAUGCAUGAAAAUAAAGAAGAAUAGUCAUAACAACGUUCCUACCAAAUUACAACCAUGAUUCGAUUAACGCAGACGGAAUAGAGACUGGCGUCUGGAGAAUCUGGAGACAAGGUGGUUGUUUGCCUUCGCUGUAGCUUUGGAGGCAGAAAAUCAACCAAAUUUCAUCCUAUUCUGUAAACCCGCCCCCAACUCGCAACCUGAUUAUCACUUGGUGUAUUUCUGAAAUCAUCAGUCCAUCAUCAUCAUCAUCAUAGUUUCCCGCCCGGCGCAUUUCCGGCCUUGGGGUGCUUUUGAAUGGUUGGAGGUGGAAAUCUGACGUCCAUCAGUCGCAGGAGGGCUGCCUUUUCCAUCAUGGCUUUUCUUGCCUGUUGGGCGUCAACUCCCAGUAGCUUUUCAGCAUUCGUCCGUACUCUCAUAGACAUUCUUACAUCAAAGAGUGGCUGUUUUUGCAGGGCACCAUUGUCAAGUCGGCAGAUAUGGCUGAUAUACUUCAAAUGUUGGCGGUAGCAGAACUCGCGGAUAGGUAGUAUAUUGGUGAUCUCCCGCAGGCAUUGGUUUGAGAUUGUAACUCUCCAAUCUAUCUGUCCUUCAAGCUGGACAUCACUCUGUUCUUUUCUGCUUGGGACGUUUUUAUGCUGGUAUCCACCUUUCACCAUUUUCCUUAAGAAACCAUGCCACAAAGUCUCAAUCUUAUCCAGUUCCUUCUCCGUUAGAGGCCAUGCUUGGAUGCUAUAUAGCAGGCGAGACUUCACACAUGUGGUCAGAAAUGCCACUCUUGUAGAUAACUGUAUUCUGUGAUCUGUCAACACAUUUAAGCUCAUUCCAUUUCUGGAAGGUGGCUCCAAUCCUGGCAUACAGGAAAUGAGAGGUAUCUGUUUCGUUGUUUGUAAUGGUGUAGCCAGGGUAUUUGGAACUUCGCACAUUCUUUAUUUUAUUGUUACCGACAGUUAUCAGGCAUUCCUGGUUCUUGACUUCAUCAUCGACAUUGAAGGCCAUUGUCUCAGUUUUGCUGUAUGACAUCUGCAACCCAAACCGUGUGAACGUUUGGUCAUCAUCCGUUCCCACAAUUUACAAAAAUCGCUCCUCCUCCUACACGAUUGAUCAGAUUUUGAUCAAACUCGCAUACAAUGUUCCCCAGCUUGGUGAGCAUAAAAGUUGUCCAGACGGUAGCACCACCUUUCAUAUUUACGAUUUUAUGGGCGUCUGAAAAUUUGGGGUGACUUGUCACAUUAAACGCUGCUCUUUGUAAACUGUUGGGACAUUUUUACUGAAACUCACCCAGAAGACUCUAAAGACAUUCCAACAAGAAUUGUUCACCAGGUGGCACCACCUGCCGUGGAUGCGGCGACACAGGGGUCAUAUGCAAGUUCACAAAAAUCGCUACUUCUCCUACAGGAUUGAUCAGAUUUCGAUCAAAUUCACAUACAAUGUUCCCCAGGUAGGUGUGUAUGAAAGUUGUCCAGACGGUGGCGCCACCUUUCAUAUUUACGAUUUUAUGGGCGUCUGAAAAUUUGGGGUGACUUGUCACAUUAAACGCUGCUCUUUGUAAACUGUUGGGACAUUUUUACUGAAACUCACCCAGAAGAGACUAAAGACAUUCCAACAAGAAUUGUUCACCAGGUGGCACCACCUGCCGUGGAUGCGGCGACACAGGGGUCAUAUGCAAGUUCACAAAAAUCGCUACUUCUCCUACAGGAUUGAUCAGAUUUCGAUCAAAUUCACAUACAAUGUUCCCCAGGUAGGUGUGUAUGAAAGUUGUCCAGACGGUGGCGCCACCUUUCAUAUUUACGAUUUUAUGGGCGUCUGAAAAUUUGGGGUGACUUGUCACAUUAAACGCUGCUCUUUGUAAACUGUUGGGACAUUUUUACUGAAACUCACCCAGAAGAGACUAAAGACAUUCCAACAAGAAUUGUUCACCAGGUGGCACCACCUGCCGUGGAUGCGGCGACACAGGGGUCAUAUGCAAGUUCACAAAAAUCGCUACUUCUCCUACAGGAUUGAUCAGAUUUCGAUCAAAUUCACAUACAAUGUUCCCCAGGUAGGUGUGUAUGAAAGUUGUCCAGACGGUGGCGCCACCUUUCAUAUUUACGAUUUUAUGGGCGUCUGAAAAUUUGGGGUGACUCGUCACAUUAAACGCUGCUCUUUGUAAACUGCUGGAACAUUUUCACUGAAGUUCACCCAGAAGACUCUAAAGACAUAUUUCAACAAGAAUUGUUCACCAGGUGGUGCCACCUGCCGUGGAUGCAGCGACACAGGGGUCAUAUGCAAUUUCAUAAAAAUUGCUACUCCUCCUACAGGAUUGAUCAGAUUUCAGACUUGCUGACGGAUCAUGGAUAAAAUACGCCAUGCCAUGACGGGUUGAGAAAAAAAAAAGAGUGUGAAAGCAGCUUAAUUUACUGACUUAUUAAGCAAUAUUUUUAAAUGAAUUGCAGGCUAAUAAUGUUCAAAUAACCAUGAGUGGCAAUCACAUCAAUGUCACCAAUCACAGCUCAGAUGGGCUCACGUCCACAGAAUUAUCGCUCUGCUUGUCUUCAUAUAUCAUGGAGGACGAACCCAUGAGUCCUCACCAUUUCGGAUUGGUCCAGUAAUCGGAAUCUCGGUGGAAACUUGCUCUGAAAAUUCUGAAAAUUGUGCUAUGUUUGUGCCUUCAAAGGAAAUUUUUGUGCCGUUUUACGUCUUAAAUUUAAUCAGUAGCGCAUUGCUUUAAAGCUUCAGUAUUUCGGUGCAAUUGGAAAGUUGUGUUGAUGGUUCACUGGACAACGUGACUCAAAUACGUUCUGUGUCACAAACUGAGAAAUCACAGAGCACAAAUAUCUCCACGGCACAAUGCUCUAGUGCUAACGGACGAGGCUGUUUUUUUGGUGCAAAUGGGACCGAAUUUGUAACGGCGAACCUUUUGAAAACCGUACGCUGGAAUGCUAAAUGGUGUUUGUUUCCUAAAGAUGUUUUUACAUUGAAACUUUUCAGUGGAAAGGGUUAGUGGUGAGUUUUAACCAAGUAACCACCUGCUAGUUUUGAGCAGGGUGUCGAACCGACUUCGAGACUUCUUCAACGGCUCAAACGCAGCACAAACAGAUUGCUCUUCGAUUUGUUUUCUUUUUAUAUAUUGAACUGCUGUAGUCUCACCGUUUAGUCAAGGGGACAAAAAAAAAGCAUGACUGACUUGAAGAUCCACAAAUCCAGUUAUCCUCAGGUGAUCCACAGAGACCCAACAGCAUCCCGGUCAGGUCCGUCUGCAGAUCGCAUUGUGCAGGAAGUGUACGUUUGGGCGUAUUUAUGCAAAUUUGUGUCAGUGAUUUUACAAGAGCAACACUGAGUGCGCCGUAAAUGUGAAAGUGGGCGUGUCUUUGAGCCUAUAAAAAAGCCAUCAAAAAUUCAUAUUUCUUGGUCUGAUAGAGAACAGAAAGCAACCUGACGGGAAUUUUACACCAUAUUCGUCAAACACCUGAGAAAACGUCCGAAUGCAAUCGUUUCCGUGUGCAACUCAAACAUUUUUAUAAGCGUUCAUGUUUGGGUUUCUGGAUUUCAUGACACGCCCACCGGUCUGCAGACAGAUGAGCAGGAACAUCUGGGAGGUGAAAUGGACGAAAGAAAGGUGGUGAGGGUGCACUGAGUAUUUCCUAUGUGUUAUUUACAUUCAGGUGUCCAAGCAAUUUGACUUGCAUUUGAAUGAUUUUGAGAGGACGAGUCCAAUGUCAUGCCAAAACGAACAUCUUCCUACAGUUUCAUUUUGAACCCUGAGCCCGUCAGCAUGUGUCUUUCUUCCCUUUUUUAAACUCCAUCAAUCACGUCCUGAGCUGGUAAGUCUGUUCUUCCUCGGCAGACGGGUAAAGUGAAACUGGCUUCUUUUGGGUGUUCUGAAUUUUGUAAUACUCGAGUCUGUUAGUUCUCCAGAUUCCACAGCAUCAUUUACCGACUGAAGACACGGCGGAGUGCUCUGGUGAUAUUUUGCACCACAAGAAUCAUUCCAAUAAAGUUUUACUUGUGUAAAUACCA